GUGGACACAUCUGCCUGGAUCUUCUCAGCAGACCAUCUCCUCUACAGAGACAGUGUUGAGAAUCGAGAAUACAGCUUAGAAGCAAGGAAUCGAUAUCCAGACCUUGCAAAAAGACUGUCUGUACGGCUGAGGUUUUCUAAAAUCUUUCAUCCAGGAUAACGUCAAGUGCACAUCAUGUCACAUCAACACUCAGAGACUCAGAGCUUGCAACUCCAAAGCGGCCGUAUUUCCAUCGCCAAGUCAAACUUUUACGAGUCUAACCUACCCGAGUAUGAGGCUUUUGAUGCUCUGAGGCCAAGAGGACCGACAGAUAAAGAAACGCAAGCUUCAGGUCUCUCAGUAUUGAGCGUUGACAUGCUUGUAACGAAGAACGAAAAAGACCACACUACAGACAAGUACAAGUGUUCCACCCUCAUUGUGCGCAGGAAUAAAGAGUUCACCAUCGUCAUCAAACUUGACCGGGCUUUCAAUGCAGAGCAGGACGAUGUGCAGAUUGAGUUUGUGAUUGGCAGUGCACCUGAUGAAAACAAGGGCACCCACAUCAUUGUGUCCAUUGGAAAAGAGAAACGCACUGCAAGCUGGAAGGGUCGUGUGGUGGAAACUCAGGGCAAUGAUGUGACAGUGGGCAUAACACCUGACUCCAGCUGCAUCGUUGGCCGUUUCCGCACCUUUGUAACAGUAGUGACUGAGUUGGGAAAACAGCGCACUCCGAGAAACCCUGACACUGACUUCUAUGUGCUGUUCAACUCGUGGGACUCCGCGGAUGAAGCAUACAUGGACAAAGAGGAAGACAGGCAGGAGUAUGUGAUGAAUGACGUGGGGACCAUCUACUAUGGAGAAUUCAACAACAUAGUGUCCCGUUCAUGGAACUUUGGGCAGUUUGAAGAGGGGGUGCUGGAUGCCUGCCUAAUGUUACUGGAUGCUGGGAAAGUACCAUUACUGUUCCGUGGGAAUGCCACUGAAGUAGUUCGGCAGGGAUCAGCUCUGAUAAAUGCUCAAGAUGAUGAUGGUCUCUUGGUUGGCAAUUGGAGUGGUGACUACUCUGAAGGCACAGCACCCACUGCCUGGACAGGAAGUCCUGAAAUCCUGCUCAAAUAUGCCAAACAAGGGUGUGUGCCUGUGCGCUUUGCUCAGUGCUGGGUGUUUGCCGGUGUGCUGAACACUUUAAUGCGUUGUCUUGGGAUCCCUGCACGGCUCAUCACCAAUUUCAUCUCUGCUCAUGACAACACGGGCAACUUGAAGACAGACAUUGUGCUGGACGAUGAUGGGAAAGUGGACCGAAGCCGAACGAGAGAUUCAGUCUGGAACUACCACUGCUGGAAUGAGGUCUACAUAAAGAGGCUCGAUCUGCCUGAAAAAUACUCUGGCUGGCAGGUGAUCGACAGCACCCCUCAGGAGACCAGUGACGGUCUUUAUCGAUGUGGGCCAACAUCUGUCAAUGCCAUCAAAGAGGGAGAGCUUAGCUAUCCGUUCGAUGCAAAGUUUGUCUUUGCAGAGAUGAACAGUGAUGUGAUAUUCCGUAAGUGUGAUAAGUCUGGAAAAAUUAAGAUUAUCUAUGUAGACUCUUCGUAUGUGGGAAAGCUCCUUGUGACUAAAAAGAAGGACAGCAGCGAAUAUGAGGACAUCACGUCUAACUAUAAAUACCCAGAAGGAAGUCUCAAGGAGAGAGAGUCCAUGCAGAUGGCUGAGCAUCGAGGAGUUUCCAAGGACCACUUGCCACUCCCUGAAGCCGGUGUGGAUCUUGAGCUUCAGGCCGACACCAUCAAAAUGGGUGACAACUUCAAGCUUAAGCUGAACAUUAAGAACCAGAUGAGCCAAACCUGCACCUUCAGUGCCAUCAUCACUGGCUGUGUAGUGUACUACACUGGUGUCACCAGCACAACUUUUAAGCUUGAAAACAUGUCUGCAACUGUGGAAGCCUCAAAAACUGAGUCCCUUACAAUAGAUGUCAACGCUUUGGAGUACAUGCCCUACCUUGUGGAACAGUCCAACCUGCUCUUUGUGGCGUAUGGGUACAUUGAGGAAAAGGAUGCAUCUGUUUCCAUAAUGAGAGUUGUCACUCUUAGUCCUCCUGAACUCACAAUAAAGAUGGUUGGAACUCCCCAGGUUGGCAAAGAAGUCUUGGUCAGUGUGAUUUUCCAGAAUCCCUAUAACUUCAUCCUAGAAAAGGUUCAGCUCCGCAUUGAAGGACCUGGUCUGAUAAUUACCAAAUUGAAAAAGUACAGCCAGAUAUUACCUGGUGCAUCAGUGAAGUAUAAAGUGUCACUGUUUCCUCGAUCUCCGGGGAAGAAGGUGCUGAUGGCGUGCCUAGACUGCCCUCUACUGAGACAGGUCACAAAUCAGCUGGAAUUUGAAGUAGCAAAUAACUAGAAAACACCAUUUCAGAGUUCCCUAUACCAUUGCUUUGCUUUGCUUUGCUGCGCUGAGCAAGUAUGUGUUUUGUUUAGGGUUUUUUUUGCAAGAAUUAAAUAAUGUUGCAUCUCAAAUUCUUCCUGAUCACCAAACUGAAUUUAAAAUAAUAGUUUGCUCAAAAAUGAUGCAGACUUUCCCAAACCCUGACUUUCUUUGCUCCUAGGAACUCAACAGAUAUUUUGAAAAACAGAGCAAAAAUGUAUACAGGUUUGAAUAGGGUGAAUAAACGCUGACAGAAUUAUAUUUUUUUGCAGAGCUAUGCCAUUAAAUCAGCAAGCGUGAGAACUAUAAACAAGCAAAGUAGCCAACUUGUGUUUUAUUUUGGUAAAUGUUUCAUCUGGGUUCAAGCAAUCUUAAAGGGGUCAUCCGAUGCUACAUGCACUUUUAAAAAUAGUUUGAACUGAAAUGUUUUGGCAGUGUCUACACAACCACCAUACAGUGAUACAAAUCCGUCCACUGUUUUUUUUUCCUCAUUAAACCAGUUCCACUUUUUCAACAAAAGCUAAUCUCAGAUGCCGGUCUGUGUGACGUCACAAAGACAGGCCCCUCCCACUACAGUGUGAUUGACACUAGUCUUUCAUCACAGACUGGACUAAACGAGCAGAUGUAGACAAGAAUGACUCCUAAUGGAGGUGUUCAGUUGUUGGAUGUAAUGAACGUAGCUGUUGUCAUUCAAUCCUGACAUCUGAGCCGUUGAAGACGCAGUGCAUUUGUUACUGACGGAAAUGCGUCCCCGAUAUACCUAAAUAGCAAGUUUCACAAAAAAAUGCAGCUGCUCGAGAAAGAGGGGCGGGGUCAGCAUAGCUAAUUUGCAUUUAAAGGAAAAGUCUAUAAAACAGCUACAAAAGAGCUGUUUUUGAUGCGUAAAAGGGUUUUGUUUUACACUACCACUCUAAAUUUUAACUAUGUUACAAACUUUUAAUGAAGACCUUUAAGCGUCAUAAUCAACUUCUGAUGACCCCUUUAACUAAUUUACUGGAUUAAUCACAAUGUAUUGUUGUUUUACUGCUCUAAUGUCAUAGACAAGGUUGUACAAAUGCAAAUUAACAAUAAAUAUGUAGCAUGAAA